UGCUGUGUUAUAGAUCCUCGUUGGUGCCGUGACCAGGAUAUGCUGCAUCUAUCAGCGUCAGUUGCAUCACGAACGGGUUCAACUUGCCAAGGAAAUUUAAUUCGGAAUCUUCUACAUUCUCUCUGAUCAUGAUGUCGCUGAAGUCCCUGCCGCCCGUUGUGCAAGUGCACAUCCUUGAUAAAUAUCUAGAUAAGUGUUUUAAAGACGAGCAUAAACAGAAAUUGAACGUAGUUUUUAAGAAUUUAAAUGCGCUUGUCCUCCUGUCAAAUUCUGUCCGGUCACACUCUGAGGAAGUAAGGCCGUUAGUCUUACCUUCCUGCAAUAGACCAUUACGCUACCUGAUCGAGCAAAUCGAACGGGACAGUAGGUUCAUGUGGCCCAGAACCAAGAUUCUGGAGUGGUUAGAGACGCCCUCCGGCCACCAGUGCGUUUGGGACGCACGCAUAUGCCCCUCGACGACGUAUCAACAACCCCUGAAUGCCGUCAGUACGGAUUUCUACAUCCGUAAAUAUAAAAUCAAUCAUAGACACGCUCGUCUCGAUCCUCUUUUCGGAACCUCAUCUGACCUGGGAGACAUUUUGGCUGUCCAGCCAUUUGAACCCAACGGUCAGCCAACCCAUAAACAUAAAGAAGUUAUGGGGGAUAUAUCGGUGUUCUUGAAACUCACGGAACAUUCUCAGACCGUCCCUAAGUAUGACAUAUACGACAGGGACGCCCUGAGGUUCCUUGGGGGACAUGAAGUGUUACGAAACGUAUUCGGGGAUGAUUUUUGGGAUCUGCUGGGCGAACCUUAUCGGUCGACAGGUAUCUGUCAAGCAGAUCCCACAAAGUUGAUCCUCCGGUAUAUGAGUUUUGUGUGACCGGCUAAUAUAAAUUUUAUCAAUAUUUAAAAAACGUAAUUUAUGUCAUUUAUUAAUAUUUUUUUGUAUUGCAGAUCAUGGCAUCGACCAUUCUGCCUUUCUUAAUCUUGAUUUGGCUGACCAACGGCAACAGUAUGAUAGUAAGAGAAAAUGUAAUUUUUGAACAAUCCCAUGAAAUUUCAACCACACGAAGUCGCUGGCUUGUAACGAUGGUUAUCGAUUUGUCAGUUUAUGAUCAGUCCAUUGACAAACUAUAUUCCGCUCUGGAUGAAGUUAAUAGGAUAAAUAAUGUUCUUGUCAAAUUCUAUGAUGUUCAUCUUAAAGACAAAUAUUUCCAAACACUUAAAGGGUUCGAGUUAGAAAUAAUAAAUUUAAGAACUGCUCAAGACGCUGUUUAUAAUAAUUUCCAAAUUCUGAGUCCUUUACAUGAUCUUACGGGUUAUCGUCGUCGACGAUCACUCUUACCCAUUAUUGGUAAAGCUUUUAGUUUUCUAUUUGGAACAGUGUCGGAAGAUGAUUUACAGGGGAUACGUAACAAUAUAAAUAAUUUGGCCAAUAACCAACGAAAAAUUACUCACGUAAUACAAGAAAGCCUAACGUUAAUUAAUGGCACUCGACUUGCAGUGCGAGAAAAUCGACAAAAGAUCAAUGAAAUUUUAGGCGCGUUAGUAACUCUGUCGGACCAAUUGAAAAAUCUUACGACCGGUAUUGAAAAACAACUUCAUAAAUUAGAUUACUUUGUCAAUUCAUAUUUGCGAAUUAAUAGAGCCGUACAGGAAAUUCAAGUAAUGACUUCCGAAGUAAGAACUCAUGUCGAACAUUUGUAUAUUCAACUAAAUGCUCUGGCAAUCGGACAUUUGACACCAAGUAUAAUGGCUCCUCAUGAUUUAAAAGAUUUAUUACUUACCAUUAAAACUAAAUUACCCCGGACUUUGAGAUUACCUGGAAACCCAGAUGAAGAUUUAUGGUCCUUUUAUAAAUUUCUUACACGUACAUCGACAACCGCGGAUAACAAACUGUUGAUUAUUUUAUCUAUCCCACUAUUAGACGCGCAGGACACUUAUCAUGUUUACAAAAUUCAUAACAUACCCGCACUUAUGACAAAUCAAAGUAACUCCGUCAUUACAAAUGGCUGUUCUAUGGUUGCACAAUACAAGCUCGAAUCAAAUGCGAUUGCUAUCAAUACAGAGCGAACCCAAUACAUGUUGUUAUCUAACGAAGAAUUAAAAAGCUGUUCUAAUCCUUUAAUGGGGUUCUGUUUCGCGCGAAGUCCAGUUUAUAAGACUAGCAUUUCAAGAUUAUGUGUCACGGCGUUAUUUCUUCAAGAAGUUCAAAAAGUUCGAAAAUAUUGUAAAGUAAUUGUUCAGCUUAAGUCUGUAUUGCCCCGGGCAACUUAUUUAAAUAAUGGACAUUGGGUGGUAUCAACAUCAGAAAAAUUACAUUUCGUAAAGUUAUGUGGGGAUGGCAAAAAUACAUUAGCUACGAUGUCAUUGUACGUCCUCCCAUCCAAAUUGUGACCCUUGAUCAGUCCUGUUCAGCCGUCACAAGUGCAAUGACAUUACCCCCUCAUUAUCACCAAGAAAGUAAAUAUAAUGCGACAAACCUUCUGACAACUUUCAUGCAAUCUUAUAACGUGUCUGCCAUCCAAUUAUGGAAACCUGUUCAUUCCAAUUUUGAUAAUUUAAACAAUAUAUCUAUUCCUGAAAAAUUAAAUGAUCUUGAAAUGGUUAGCAUGGACAAACUGGUUGAAGAAUUAAAACUGGUAAAUUCAGUACCCCCAUUAUUCGAUUUCUGGGGAUUACCUACUUGGGCAUAUGUAUUAAUGGGUGUAGCUUCUGCAAUGAUUAUAAUUGUAAUAAUCUUUGUCUAUUGUAAAAUAAAAAGGCGUUGGUCAGGUAAAUUGUGGCGAAAACAGGGCAGGGGCAGUGACUAUUAAAGUAGUAUUUUAAUUGGAUCUGUUGUUGGCUUUCUUUGUGCUGUGUUAUAAACGGGAAUUUUAUUACGGGAAAAUGUAUUUUGAAAGAAAAAUGAAAUAUCACCUACUCGCACUCAAUGGUCAGUGACGAUUGGACUGGGUUAAGUCUAUUGAAAAAAAUGUGCAUAUCUUACUUAAUGUACAGCAUACCGUGUAGGGCUGUUGGCUUUGAAGACAAGCAGGGGGCCGUAUCCGAUUUCAUACAGAGAUUUUUUACUAAUGCACCCGGUGGACAGCAGCAGCUGGAUGCAUUAAAAAAGGAGUUAUCUGCGCGAUUCGCGGAAGUGACUGACUCGCAGCAUGCUUUCAUGCUACUUUUAAAAUGCAGGCAAAAUAAAGAUGAAAAUGUUUAAGUUUAUGCCGAGAGGCUUUUAAAUUUAGCAGAGGAGGUCUUCCCGGAAGGAGGACCUUUCUGUGCAAGGUCAGUUGGUAGGCGCCUUUGCAGACGGCUUGGCGUCCGACCGAUUAGGGUAAGCAAUUGGUAAGCAACAAAGACGGGAACUAGUUUUAAUCUAAACCUUCUUAAAACAUUUGCACUCGCUCUUGGUAGGAACGAUACAGCUUUGCGAAAAAUAAUGAAAAUGUAAACUACCACAUGGGCUCCAACGUUUUCAGUACGAUUCAACAAGGUAAUCUGUGUGUGAGCAUUAGACAAUAUUAGCGAUCACCAGGCAAAGAAAUGCUUGUCCCAACGAAACGUGGACUGUGUCUUCGACCAGUGGAGUACAGAGCACUGAAAUGACAAAGAGCCGAUAUAGAAAAAGUCAUCCAUGAGCUCGAAUCACUUGUUCCUUGGAUCAUAUGAACCAUUUGGGCGUGCUUCGAUGUCCUACAUGUAAUCCGUUGGAAUGUGUGAACUGGAUAAAAGGAACAGUGCGGGCAAGACAUGUUUUUAAAAACUCUCGUUUUGAUAAUUAUUAUUGUACCGGUGGUAUCUCGAACGGGUGCAAGUUGCCAAAGGAAAAAUUCAGAUUAUCUAAAUCCUCUCUUGAUGAUGGAAAACUUCAACAUCCUCGACGUCCUGUCCUCUUUGCCUCUAUCUAGAACUAGACCAUCGAGCAAUGAUAAAAUGUUCUGUCAUCUUAAGACAUUCAUAUCUGAUUAUAACUAUUCGUACUUGGUCAGUAGAGAUCAGUCCUUAACACACCACCAGUGAGGAAGGUUCCUAUGUGCAGAGACUCCCGACUUACCCCGUGUUUAAUAACGUUUGGACAGUGACUUUAAUUCUCUUACUAUUAUCUUUGAUUUUAAAGGACACUUGACUAUAAUUAAACUAUCUUUUGAAAGAACUGUGAAAUUAGAUCUGAACUGUUAAUCACAAGAAAUAAUAUUAUUUUUGUUAUUUGUUUCAUAACCUUAUUAAAAUUUCAUUGAUUUAGUCCUUAUUUGUUAUUUUUAUUUGCAGAUCAUGGUACUGCCCAUUCUGCAUCUGUUUUAUUGAAUCUGGCUGACCAACGGAAUAAUUAUUCGAGAAAACGUAAUUGUUGAAUUUCCACUACUGUAACAAAAUAGCCCUUGUUACCUAUCAUUAUAUAAUCGAACACUGGUGAUUGGCGCCAGCGACCAGGAUUCGUACCUUCUUUAAAAGACUUUGGAUUUAUCUAACCAGUCACGGUAAGACAAUUUUAUUAUUCUUUACUGUCCUGUUUUGUAAGUCCGAGUCUCAUCUACUCUUGAUUUAUUCUUAUUUAUUCUAUUAUUCUUUUGGGUAUUUAUUGUCUGGUAAACAUGACUGAAAGUUUAGAACAAGCCACAAAUAUUGUUGCUGGUACGAUACAGCAAGGGUUUACUGAACAUAAUACGACAGUGAAUGAGACACUCAAACAAAUUGGGACUGUGUAUUUAGUUUGCUUUUUGUCGAAUAAAACCACUAUACGAUCACUUAAGACUUUUACUUAACGUGUACACUAGUUACGUAAGAUACCCGUGGUAGUGUUAUACUAUUAGAAGCCGAUGGUUAUUUUAAUCCCAUUCAUAAUCACAGUACCAACUUUUAUGCUACUUUUAACUGGUACUGUGACCAAGUAAUAUAGAAUUUUUAUAUUAUUUUUAUAUUUGACUGUAUAUUCAUAGCAUUCACUGAUUUUAAAGGUCCUAUUUCUUAUAUCCAGUGCAAGGUCAAAAGUUACUUAACUUAUACGUCAGUAGUGGAAUAUUCUUGAUCUGUGUUUACAAAUUGUGUAUUCUAGAUAGUCAGCAUUAAAAAGACGGUCAACAUGUUACCUAAUUUUUGAUUACAUUUAAGUAUUGGGACCAAGCACUAGGAUUAUUAAUUAAUUCAUCAAAUAUUUCAUGUACGUGAUCACUGUUUGAAUAAAGAUAAAAAUGUUGAAUUUCGAUAAAGUUUAUUAUUAUAAGCCAAUGCUGAUAUUGGUGUUAUGAAGUCAGAAUUUGGAAAUUUGGCAAAGGAGUAAACUUUUAAUUAAGAUUAUGAAACAGUGAUCACAGGAUGACCACAUGCGGUCAAGUCGCAUGGGUACUAAGAAAGUUAACAAGUUGUGGAAACGUCAUGGAAACCGGUUCUGGGGUAUAAAAUGGCCAUGCGAGCCCUGACAACCUCAGUUGCGGUUUCUCAUUAAUAAAAUUGUAACGACAUACAACUUGUUUUCUUUUAAGGUACGUAUGUGUAGUUCAAAUCAUCUUAGCUUUAGAAAUAGUAUUUAUAAGUAAGCGCAACUAAGAUGUUAUAACUUAGAAUUUAAAAUGUUAUUAAUUAUUUAUUUUUCAGGAUAUUUUGUUAAAUCGAUUGAAUUAUUGUUGUUUAUUAAUUUGUUUUAUUCUGUUGUGUAGAGUUGCGGUUUCUCAUUAAUAAAAUUGUAACGACAUACAACUUGUUUUCUUUUAAGGCUAGACAAUAGAAGCUGAAAGCAAGUACUAAGGUCCAUUUGCCCUCACAACCCAAGCUUCCCCACAACUUAAGUCAAAAUUAUAUAUAACAAUCUGGUGGAGAAUACUUAAUCUUCGGAAAUGGAUCUUGGGAAUGGCAAAUCCAUAAACAACUUCCAGGGAAUGUUUCCCAUUAGACCGACGUCGGCUCCAACUACCGCCAUCGGGGCAACACCAACGGCGCCACCAUCCAUCAGGAUGCAAGGCCUGCAGAGGGCGAGGAGACUUUUGAGUGGCCUGGCUACUCCCUCCUCGGAUAGGCUAUCUCCUGAUGUGCCGGCAAGGCCAUCCUUAGGACCAGCUACAAGUAAUAUUACUUUUGUAACUUCAACUGCAACGCCUCAUUUAGCUCAUUCGGUUAACGUAACAGCAUCAUUACCACCGUAUUCACUAUCAUCCACUCAUGCGCCGCCACAGGAGAUUCGGCACGCGCCGAAUGUUAUCAAAUUGUCUCCAUACCCCCAGGCUGAACCCGCUAGUCAAUGGUGGUCUCUUUUGAUGGCCAUGGUGGCAUAUUUUAAUAUGUAGGAAUCUGCAGCUUUGUCUGCUUUUCCUUUUUAUUUGACGGAUAUCCCUAAACAGUGGUACUUUCAACUUAAUGACACGAUAAAAACUUCUUUAGAAACAUUAAAAAAUUCUUUUUUGGAAAGAUUUCAAAAACAAAAAUCGUCCUCGAUUUAAAUUUGUUAUUUCUCAACCUUACCCUCAAGUAAACACCUUGUUUAUGUCUUGAACGCAAAUAUACUAAAACUGCAGAGGCAUGACAUCUGCUGUUCAGCGGUUAUUAAUUUAAUUUUUAAUUGUAAUCUUUGUAAAACCUAUUCGAUCACGAUCAGGUUGUCAAAAGACUUAACCAUCAAAGGAUCGUAAUAAAUAAGUAGCCAUACGAGAGUUUAAAACAUUAAAGGACAGCUUAUUCAACAUUAAUAACAAAAAUUUUAACAGCAAACUUUCUUCUUUAGUUUCUACACUGGUAACGUAAUUACAUGUAUAUACGUGCAUUCGCCCGUCCUUGUCGUUUUCCGGCAAAUAUUUAACGAAGUUCAUUUUUUUAAACCAUUAUAGGUAGACAAUUUUAGUUGUAUGUUUGAAGUGUCAACAAUAUACGAUAAACGGUUAUUUAUCAUUUGUUCAAACAUAUUCAUUGAAAUACUGGAGGAUACCUCCAGAAUUUAUCGUACUCUUAAUGAGCACACAAAUAACGAAUUGAGAACAAAAGUCAUAGUAAGCCGCUAAUGUAGGUCUAUCCUGAACGAACAGCUGUCGAGAAAUGCAUGUAAGUACACAUAACAGAAAUACUGGUCCGAACGUGCGGCGAUUAUCAUGUACCUGACCUGGCCGCAGGGCAAACAGGUGACAACCAUAUCUAUAUAGUUACGUAAUCACUGUUGACCAUUAAUUUUAAGGCACAUGAAGGGUAAUCGUUGUUCUUUUCACCUGUUAAGGCGGAAAUAUAUUUCUUUUUCAACAAUUUUAAGGUGACUUUAUAUCUUAUUUUAACAGCAGUUUACGUACGAAGAUGCAACAUUGUUUUAGCAAUGAAAUAUUUGAAACUAAAAACUAAAUCGGAAAAAUCAACAUUUGUCGGAUUGGUUUUCUUUUUAUAUC